ACGUGCUUGCCCAUUCUGGGAACAUGUCUAUCGAGGGUGCGACCCGCUUGCAACAGUACCCGCGCCCACGCUUUUUGGCAAUUACCACCAUGCUCGCUCCUCGUCACUGUGCUCGACGGUGACCACCCGCUGCUCGUCGUCGUUGCCCGCAAUGAACCCAGAUAUAAACACCAACGGGGACUCCGCAUUGACGCGACGACCUAACAACUAUCCUUAUGCUGCCAUGCCGUCCUACACUCUCAGCAGGCCCAUGUCCCCGCCAACGUCUACCCGACCGUUUCGUUUCUCUACGCAACAACAUCGUGAUAUAGCGACGACGGCAACUACUUCGGCGAAUGGUCACGCCAACCCACGUCGCGCUAGUAGAAUUCCGGAACUCAUAGUUAGUGGACUUCGUCGCAAUCGUACUACCUCUCUCCCGCCUCGUCCGCAGAGUGCAGACGGACACGCCGCGGCUGAAUCGGAGACGGACACCGUGGCGUCGAGCUCAUUUGCCUCAGUUGGAGAUCCAUUUGCUGCUCAUCCCUCGCAUAGUCAAUCGACUUCUUUUGUAACAUACGAACCUCCGACUUUCGCCUCGUCCCGAAAUCGAUUCAUGUCACGUCCCUCGACUGCCAACCAUACCACCGCCAACGCUUUUCCUGAACCCACCGGUACGACUACGACAACGAUUAGCAGCUCUCCAACGAGACGUAGGGGGAGCAUACUCGUAGCUGCGUCAGACGCAUUGAGUUCACUAUCUUUCGCGCGUCGGAAAAGGUCACCCCCGUUGUCGCGGUCAUCUUUCUCCCCGUCGUCUCAUCACCCAAAUAACCACCCGCCAAUAAUAUUCUCGGAGGUUAUUGAAAUUAGUGCAGAGACCGUUAACAAGCUUCGAGAAGAGGAGCGAGAACGCGAGAGGCUGAGAGACGCAGCAGCGCAGACUCUCGGUUUGGGUCCUGUUUUAUUGGAGGAUGAGUUGAAGAGAAAGGAUGAGGAAAAUAGUGAUGACGUACAGGUUGGCAUAAUCGCUCCGAGUGGAAGAGGGCAUGACGCUCUCGGCGACGAUGAUGACGACCUUGACCGUCUUUCAUACGAAGAGGACAGGCUGCCAGAAAACGACAUCACAGGGUUUGGAAAUGGAUCUCUUUCCAUGGCCGUGACGCCGACAUUGACAACUCCUACUCAGUCGUUACCACCUCCGACACCCACAGGGUCGUCUCAGCAGACACAGCCCCCCGCAUCGCCCAUAUUGCCUCUCAGUAUGGGGAGGGCAAGAUCUGGAUCGCACUCACAUACACGAUCGAUCGGGAGACAUUCACCUUCGAAUUCAUUCUCAAGAUCUUUAACCCCUCUCCCUUCGUCCUCACCCGUCACCCCUCAUACGACUGGUAAUGGAUUUUCAGGCUCACCCACUACUGCAAUGCAUCAAGUUGUUCCUCCGUUCCCUGCCACAUCGGAGUCCUUAAAGCCCCAUAUCUCACUUUCUGGGACCUUUCCAAAACAUUAUCCUCCAAGUUCCUUGCUGCGAUUUGCUUUUGGCACGAAGCAGUGGAAAGUCCGAUAUGUGGUUCUUACGACGCCGGCUCAGUCAUACUCGCCUACGACACCAACAGGAAGACCGUCUACUGCAUCCAGUAGCACUGGUAGUGGAGGAGGGAUGCCGGCGUUCAGGACGAAUGUGCCCCCGUCUCCGUCUUAUCUACAUUUAUUCAAGUCUUCUUCGUCGAACGCAACAGAGAUGGAGAGGUUAGAGAUAAAUGAGGAUUCCGUGGUCUUCAUCGCGGAUCAUUCGCCUCUUGAUUCAUCCGCUCAUAUGUCCCAGACUACGAUGUCGCAUUCCUCUUCAUCGACCACUGUGAACCCUGGUAGGAGGAGUGCUGAUUCUUCUUCUUCUGCUGCUAUGGGUAAGAAAGGCGUUAUUCAGGUUGGUGGGGUUGAUGUAGGGUUGCAUGUUGUUACCGGUAGCACGAGUGCAGGCAAGCAGAGGGAGAGGGAGAGAGAUGUUGCGAAUGAUGUGGAUGGCAGUGGGAGUGGACGAACAAUGUGGCUCCUGCAAAUCACCGAUAGUGAGGAGGCGAAGAAGUGGAUCGGAGCUAUCAAGGGUAUCGUCCUAAGCCAACGAUCCCUGAGAGCAGGUAUUCCGCAUAGCUCCGCUGGGGCUUAUUUUGAGUCUCCUCGAGGUGAUUUGGAUGUGGUCCUCUCUAUACGUGCCCAGCAAGCCUCUCUCGCUUCUUCAUCUCAGUCUCGCAUAAGCUCUUCGUCAAACGAUCAUACUGCGACCAUUACUCCAAGGAUGCAGAGUCCCGUUCAGUCGUUGUUGCACGGCUCUGAUAGUGGUUUGUCACCGCCUUCGACGCUGUCCAGGUCACAUUCUCGUGGGACAGCGAAUACGGCUACCCCCAACGCAACCACUUCUGGUUCUAGGACCGGAGGUGGUGGAGCAGUGUCUGCCUUGAAGGGUCUCUUUACCAGUUCCUCGACACGACCUCGGUCUCCAAGCUCUGCUUCGGUAUUGAGCAUUGGCUCAAGUCGCGAUGCCACGAGCCCCGCCAACAGUUUGGAUAUCAUGUCCCCUCCAAAGGCGACAGAAGAGUCAUCCUUUGGCAGUGUCGCCACAAACUUGUUGAUGCUGAGGUCGAGUAGCAUCUCUUCAGCCAGUGACAACCAAAGGAUGGGCGCUGGAUAUAAUUCGCCAACUUCGAGUGUUUUCUCUCCGAUUUCUCCUUCGACACCGAUUACGGCUACCAGCCCUACUGCGUCCACUGGGAGCCCUAGCAAGUUAUCCGAACAUCAUCGUUCGUUGCUGAUCGAUCGAAAGAUUUUACCAGAUGAAGAACGAAAUUCGGUCGAUGAUAUUGGGCCUACCUUUGCCGGCCUUGCAGGCAGAAAUUCCCUCCUGGUUGGUGACGAGGGUUUAAGGACGUUCGGGAGCCCUUCGCUGCAGCCUCCUCCUAGGAGACGUGCUUGGACAUCUUCUGGCUUGCCCACCUUCGGCUCGAAGGGUAACGGGAGCAUUCCUUCGCCCAAUACCUUGUCAGCGUUGACUCCACCAACGUCGGCUGUAGCUGGUAUGAGUCUCGUUGAGGUCAAUGAAUCGAGGUCCACUUCACCGCCACCUGUGUAUUCGUAUUCGCAUGCGAAUGGUAGCACUGCAGAGAGCUUUGGGGUUGGCGUGCUUCCCAGGCCGUCGAACUCGAACGGGAGUGCGACGGGGAGCGGGAAUGGGAGUACACCAUUACCUAGUCCUAGUACAGAAGGUUCACGGUCCCGGGUCCGGAUGUCGUGGUCAAGCGCAUCUUCGUUCGCUUCCAAUGAUCCCACGUCAUCUCCAGAGAUAUACUCUAAUAGUGGGCACAGUUCUAAUACGAGGAGGUGGUCUCGACAUAAUUCGGCGUCGUAUCAGAAUCAUCAUAGGUUAACCCCUCCUAGUGGUUCCCCUCCGAGUGUUUCACCGCUUUCACCUUCUCCACCUCCUCAUAGUCAUCGAUCGUUUGGAAAUCGACACCAUCCAUACCUUGUGGAUCACCCGUCACCCGGGAGUCGGUCAUCUUCCACCCAUUCUAGUCCACCAAGUCUUGUCUUGGACCUUCGACCGUUGAGUCCGAAGAGGACGUCGGGCUCUUCGGUUCAGAGUUUUAAUACGACAAGCACUGGUCAUUCGAGGGGCGCGACGCCUCCUGGAAUUGGUAUGGCGAAAGGGAUGUUCAGACGGAAUUCACAUCGAAUGUCUGUUCCUCCUCCGCAACGGCCUGUGCCCAUUUCUGCGUUGCCACCUACGCCCGGUGAAGAUCCUUCUUCUUCGAUGUCGAGCGUCCUGUCAUCGUCUUCAUCUCCCCCAACUCAGGCCUCUAGUGCUCCCGCAUCUAAAACAUCUUUCCGGGAGAUCCUCACUUCACGGUCUCAUAGGCUGUCAUUAUCGCCUCCUACGCAACCGCCGUCUUCCAGCUUGCCUCCCAGACCAGAUGAACCUGGUUUCAGGCCGAUACACAGGAAAAGCCUCAGUAAUGGAAGCCCGCCGAAUCCUUUGUAUUCUAUUCCUGCCUCUCCUAAUCCUGUUGAAUCUCCCUAUCCGCCACCUGGUGGUCCUCUUCCGCCUACACCUACGCUCCUUACGACACCGACGCAAUCGACCCCAAUAGCAUCGUCAGCAGAAACGCAACAACAACCGCCACAGGCUUCACGUCAAUCCAAGUCAUUUGUACGUCGUUUACGUAUUCUAAGUGCCCCAUCCACGUCUCCGCCUUCGCAACUCAUACCACCAGCUCCUCUAUCUUUUGACGACUCGCCACGGCCUAUACAUAUGAUGCCUUCAGACGUUCCUUCAACUCCAAUCGGUGAACCUAUUACGACGUUCCAGGAUGAUCUUGACGAUUUAUCGGAUUCUCCCAUUAUCCCGCCUGCUCCUCCACGCACUCUCCCGAUUCCGAUCAAUUCUCCUCCACCAGAGAUUUCGCCGUCGGACGAAAUGCCAAGGAUGACCUCCUUGUCUCCACCACCUCGUCGUGGUUCUCGCAGGGUCACAACUCCCGACAAAGAGAAACUUGAGCAUGAGGUCGUUCGUCUGUCCAGUAUCGUUACCUUGAAGGACCUACGCCGAAGUCACGAAGAGACUCCGGCUGCCAUCCCUUCACCUUUGCCACCUUCCCCUUUGUCUCCACCUCAUCCGGAUCAUCCUUCCAUUCAACUUUCAGAGUCUUUGGAUCAUGCAGUAGAGCCUGAUAAUAUUUCCAUCGACACCGGUUCUCCAUCGCAUUCUUCUCAUGGUCAUUCUGCUGUUUCUUUGAUAGACGUUAGCAUUUAGGUUUUCUUCGUUCUUCGUCCUGCUUUUUUGUUCUUCUUGUGUACAUAUGUUACCCCUUGCUUCUUUUCUCCUUGGUGUAUCACUCACUUGUCAUUGUUUUCUCAUCUGCAUCGUCGCACUGGUUGGGAUUCCCUCAUUCUGCAUUCAUACUUCGGAAUAUUACACUCCUCUGGAAUUGCAAGAAAUUACAAAUACAACAUAACAAAGC